AUUACCGUUUCAUAACCGGGAAUUCCCAAUAUUUAGAAAAUUGGGAGCUUUCUGAACUGUAUUUUUAGCUUCUCCAAUUCCAAAUGGCGCCCGCCUUUCCCCCCUUAACAUUUCAAUUCUAGAUCUGCAACUUCAAACUUCUCUCUUUUCAGUUCUCCCCCAAACCAAAAUCCCCAGCUAGGGUUUUACAACUCGUUUUGCUGCUGUGGAGUAGUAGUAUUCUUUUUCUUCUAUGACGUCCGAGAAAGAAACCCUAGAUGACAAGAAACCAGAGGAGGUGAUUGAGGAGCAAGAAGCAAAGGAAAAGGAAGAGGAAUCUUCCGCACAAGGACAAGAAGAAGAGAAAACGAAAACUGAAGUAGAGGAAGUAGAAGAAAUGCAAGUUGACGAAAAAGACGCGGAAUCAGAGGAGGAGAAAGAAGAAUCAGAAGAGGAGGAAAAGGAAGAAGAAAAACCAGUCAAGAAGGGCAAAAGCAAAGGUGAGAGUACGGAAGAGCCUGUGACACCAAUCUCAAGACCGACUAGGGAAAGGAAAACUGUGGAGCGCUACUCUGAGUCUUCAGAUGCUAGAGCUUCCACACCUAAGCCAUUGUCAAUUAGGAAGGGUAGUGGUACUCAGUUGAAGGAUAUACCAAAUGUGGCUUAUAAACUAUCCAAGAGAAAACCCGAUGAUAACCUGCAAAUACUUCACAACAUUCUUUAUGGGAAGAAAUCGAAGGUACACAGUUUGAAGAAAAACAUAGGACAGUUUUCAGGAUUUGUUUGGGUUGAAAAUGAGGAAAAGCAAAGGCGAAAAACCAAAGAGAAGUUGGACAAGUGUGUUAAGGAAAAGCUGCUGGAUUUUUGUGAUGUCCUCAAUAUUCCAGUGAGCAGAACUUCUGCAAAGAAGGAUGAGCUCUCGGAGAAAUUAUUGGAAUUCCUGGAAUCUCCUCAUCCUACAACAGAUUCCUUGCUUGCUGAUAAAGAACAGAAGGGUAAGAAGCAAAAGAGAAAGGGCUCAGCUAGCAAAAGUGCAGGCUCCUUGGAUAAGUCAGUUAAGAAGCAUCAGGAAUCUGAAGUUGGGGUAAAACGCAAGCGGCCAGCAAAAACUGAGGAAGAAGCUGAUGAUGAACAACCAUCAGAUAGUGGAGAUGACUCUGAGAAUGAUGAUGAAGCUCCUAAAGAAGGAAGUGAUCAGGAAGAGAGUGGUUCUGAGAAAGAUGAGAAACAAGAGGAAGAGGAAGUGGAAGAGAAGCCAAAGAAAAACAAGUCUAGUGAGAAGAUUUAUUCAAAGAAGAGUGUGAAGAAGGAUUCGGGGAGUAAAGCAGCAGAGAAGACUAAGGCCACAGUAAAGGGCAGCCCUGCUAAGUCCUUGAAAAGUUCAUCAAAAUCUACCCCUUCAAGUUCAGCUUCCAAGAAAGGUGCUUCUGCUGCUGAUUCAACAUCUAAACCCAAGAAAGAAAAAGCUGAAAAAAAGAGUAAAAAAGAAGAAACUGAAUCUGUGAAGGAAAAUUCUUCAAGCAAGAAACAAUCAAGCAAGUUUAUGUCUAAAGUUUCUGAAAAAGGAAAAGGGAAAAGUGUAAAGAAGGCCAAGGCAGAGCCCAGCAAAGAAGAAUUGCAUGCAGUAGUAGCAAUUAUUCUGAAAAAAGUGGAUUUUAACACUGCAACUUUAUCUGAUAUUAUCAGGCAACUAGGUAGCCACUUUGAUCUGGAUUUGAUGCACAGAAAAGCAGAGGUAAAGGCUAUAAUCACUGAAGUAAUAAAUAGCAUGAGUGAAGAGGAAGAAGAGGAUGAACCUGAGGGUGGUGAGGAUGCAGAAAAAUCUGAAGGUGAUGAUGCAGAAAAGUCUGAAGGUGAUGAUGAUGCAGAAAAGCCUGAAGGUGAUGAUGCAGAAAAGUCUGAAGGUGAUGACAGUGAUACUUGAUUUACAAGUUAAGUCGAAAGAUUUGCUACCAAUACAAGCUUCUUAAUUGUUCUGAUUUGCAUGUUGUCCUCUGUAUAGACAUGCAAGUGAGAAGUUAUACAGUUAGCUGCAAGAUAUACAGAUGGUGGCCUCAAUAGGAUAGUUGUAAUAUAGACAUUUCUGUGUUAGCUAAUCUGAUGUGACCUUAGGAUUUCCUUUUCCCCAUUUCUUGCUGAUAGUCGGGUUUUGAGCUUCUUGUACUUUUUAAUAUUUAGAACUAUUGCAGAUUGCCAGAGGUUAGAUAUGAUGAAUGACAGAUUCUGUAUCAUGUGUACCGCUGCUGAAUAAAGAGAUUAAAAGAAACUCCAUUUGGCUGGAGGGUUUGCUUGAUAA